CUCCAGUGACGAUGCUGCGCCUCAAAGUACUCCAGUCUUCCCUCAGACCAGCCAUGGACCUCUACUGGCCUGUUCGCUGUCUCUGGCCAGAGCUGCGGCCUAUUCUACUCCAGCAGGACCUGCUGCAGAGACACAUGAAGGAGCUCGACAGCAGUCUGGAGAUGAUGGAAAAGCUCCAACACACCAUCUUCCAGGAGAUGGACCCCAGCCCAGCAGCAGCCUCUGCGGCCAUCCAGCCAGUCUCCUACCAGCUGAAAAGAGAGGGAGGGCGCUUCGCCCUGACCCUGGACACUAAGGACUUCUCCCCAGAGGACCUGUGUGUCAAGCAGGUGGGCAGGAAGCUGAGAGUCAGUGGGAAGACGGAGAAGAAGCAGGACGAUGGGAAAGGCUCCUACUCUUACAGAUGUCAGGAGUUCAGGCAGGAGUUUGACCUUCCUGACGGGGUCAACCCUGAACAGGUCACCUGCUUGUUGGCUCAAGACGGGAAGCUCCACAUCCAGGCUCCAAAGGCGGAGUGUCCAGAGGAGGCCGAGAGAGUGGUGCCCAUCAGCUCGAGCCUGGAGCAGACACAGUCCCCGCAGUGCCUCAGCUCACCCACAGGGGGCAGCACAGACUCACACCAGAAGGAGACCGCUGACAAGUUGGACUGAUAUGAUUCUCUGUGCCAGUUAAUAUCAUUUUAUACUUUCAUAAAUCGUUUGUAGCAAUUGCAUUUACUCAUGUUCUAUCUACACUGAUAUUUACAUUUUAAUAAUGCAUUUUAAUUAUGUUGUAAAAAAAUUAAAAUAAAUAAAAACGAUAUUUACCUCUGUUUAUGAGUCACUCUUACCUGUGGUCAAACAUGUAGUCAAGACCAACUUCCCUCACUUCCUGGAUUGGAAUACUUUCUUGAUACUGACCAAUAAUAUAAAUGACAGUCAAUUAAGAAACAAUGCCCUUAUAUGAACAAACCCUGCAAGUCUGAAGUGUUCGGGGUGGUUCAGUCAUGGUGUAGGUAGUAUUUUAUAUUGGGUUCAUGAGUCAGAGUCCUCCAUACUGUAAGUGAGCAUGUUUUAUUUGCUGACGGUCUAUUCACAACCUAACCAUCUGAUUGAAAUAGAACUGAGUGCAGAAACAAUGUUGUCACCGGUGUCAAAUUCAGAUUCUCUCUCGCGGAAAAAGACUUGGAAUAGUGACAAUAGUUAAAUAUAACCACCUAAUACAGGUCGUGUUGGAAGUACAUUUCUCCUUGAUAUUUACCAUUUAGUAUUCUAAAGCGUUUGUCUACGCUUUCAUACCAGAUCAUUGUUUCCUAACCUUCAGUAGUCUAUCUAACUGCUAGGACAGUGGCAUCAGGGAUAUCUUUAGGCUUGUUGUCAUGAAGAAAAUAGUUUAUCUCAGAGUGUGAAUGACCAGUCAGGCAGCUGUCACAAAUUCCCCUUUCUGUCUCUCUCUGUCUGUCUGUCUGUCUGUCUGUCUGUCUGUCUGUCUGUCUGUCUGUCUGUCUGUC